CCCACUCGACCGCUUCCUUCGCCACCUUCCUCGCACUGACUGCCCGGCGUCCCUCCCCCUCCCUCUCCCGGCGACCGUCCUCUGCGGCUGUUGAAGCAGUGGGUCAAACACCGCCGCUAACACUGGAGCUGUAAACCUAACGACGGGGGCUCCCGUUCAAAGCGCCACAGCGAGCUGACCAGCUAGCGCAGUGUGUUCACUUGCGACUCUCUCUGGAACGACUUUGUGGUUCGGGAGAAGUGCAAGUUGACCCCCCCCCCCCCAAAAAAAAAACCAAAACACUGCUACGGCCGCCGCCACCCAUCAACCGAAAAACCACCAAAUCUCCCCCCAAAUCGAAGCCAAAAUGGUGCAAAACAAGAUCGCCGAAGUAACCGGGUUCCACCGCUCUUUCAAGGGUCAAAAUCCCUUUGAAUCAGAUGACUUCACUAAAAAUGGAUCCCAUCUUAUUGAUUCAUUUAAUUUUGAUUCCUCCCCAAGACAUGACAUGCCUUCCAGCCAGCCUAUUGACAUCCCCGAUGCGAAGAAGAGAAACAAGAAGAAAAAGCGUUGCCGGGCAACUGACAGUUUCUCUGGACGAUUUGAGGAUGUCUAUAGACUUCAAGAAGAGUUACUUGGAGAGGGCGCUUAUGCUAGAGUGCAAACAUGCAUCAACCUCAUCACCAACAAAGAGUAUGCUGUCAAGAUAAUUGAGAAAAGACCAGGUCACAGCCGCAGUCGUGUCUUUCGUGAGGUUGAAAUGCUCUACCAGUGCCAGGGCCACAGUAACAUCCUGGAGCUGGUGGAGUUCUUUGAAGAGGAAGACAAAUUCUACCUGGUGUUUGAAAAGCUCAGAGGAGGGUCAGUCUUGGCACACAUUCACAAGAGGCAGCACUUCAGUGAGCAGGAAGCCAGUGUUGUCGUGCAGGACAUUGCCAGCGCUCUAGACUUCCUGCAUAACAAGGGAAUGGCACACAGAGACCUGAAGCCUGAAAACAUUCUUUGUGAGAGUGCAGACAAGAUUUCCCCAGUCAAGAUCUGUGACUUUGACCUGGGCAGUGGGAUCAAGCUGAACAGCGACAGCUCACCCAUCUCCACCCCUGAGCUCCUCACUCCUUGUGGCUCGGCAGAGUACAUGGCACCUGAGGUGGUUGAGGCCUUCAGUGAGGAGGCUACAAUUUACGACAAGCGCUGUGACCUGUGGAGCCUUGGAGUCAUCCUCUACAUUAUGCUGAGUGGCUACCCGCCUUUUGUCGGCCGCUGUGGUGGGGACUGUGGCUGGGAGUCGGGGGAACCCUGCCACACCUGCCAGAACACUUUAUUUGAGAGCAUCCAGGAAGGAAAAUAUGAGUUUCCGGAGAAAGACUGGGCUCACAUUUCCUCAAGUGCCAAAGACCUAAUAUCCAAACUUCUGGUCCGGGACGCCAAAAACCGCCUGAGUGCCAGCCAGGUGCUGCAGCACCCCUGGGUCCAGGGGGGUGCGUAUGACAAUUUGCCAACAUCCAUUUUGCAUCAAAGAACCAGCAAUGCCAGGGAUCUGACAUUCUUUGCUGACAAGGCCAUGGCCGUGAACCGGCAGCUGGCUGAACAGGAUGACAUGGAAGAUCAGCAGCAGCAGCAGGAAGUCCCAUUCAUUGUUACUGCUGCUGGCACUUCAGUGCACCUCUCGCCUCCUUCCAACUCCAAGCUCGCCAAGCGCAGGCAGCGAAGCAGCCACAGGCCCAAUGGAGGGCCCGUCUCUGCUGCGGAGCUCCGUCAGCUCUUGGCCCCUCUGGUUAUCAUGGGAGACUGUGCCUGAACCCCGUCAGCCCCGAUCUCCGACCUUCCGUUAAGAUUCACUUAAAGACCUUUGACUGCCCUGAAACUCUCCCUCCCCAGUUCUGGCAACUCUCUGAAUCUAGCUGGCCUUUAUUCCUCUGCCAUUCAGGCUUUAUUGCCUUGCUGUAAAGGGAGAUGCUGCUUGCAGCUCUUCCUCUAAAUGCCUUCUGCCCUUCUGCAGCACUUAUGAAGCACAUUAGCCCAGGACCUGCAUAUAGUAAACACACAAAUGUGCACGUCCAGGUUGGGGAGGAGGGCCAGUUAAUGAUUUCAGAGAGAGAGAAAGAAUGGGAGGGAAAGAGAAGUAUUUUCUAAGUUAUGUUCUUUUUUGGUUCAGAACAAAUCAGAACACUUAUCUUCAAAACUAAGCUCAGACACCAAAGGACAACCUGUUGUGCUGCUCCCUUGUUACAACUGGAUCCACUGUGAAUUAAGUUAUCUGGAAUGUUUUCUUUGCCUGUAUGUUUUUAUGCAUGAAUGGCCCACACGCAGAUACGUACAAGCUUAUGCAAUAUGCCAAGAUGAAGGCUGUUCCUGUCUUGAAGGGGUUCAGUAGUAGGGGCUGGGAAGGGGGCUGUAAGCCAAUGCUGUCCGUGCCUGGUGCGGUCCACUGUGGCUGGGGACUCUUCAAAGAAUUUUUUUUUUUCUCCCCCCCCCCCCCCCCCCCCCCCCCUGCGAUGACACACACUCAUCCAGAUUGGUGGCCGUGCACUUAAUGCUCCGAAAGCAAAGAAUGUUUUUUCUGUACCCAGCCAGCUAUGACUCACUGUCGCACCAAUUCGCACAGUUUCUCUAAAUUAAAAUAUCCCAAAUUAUCAGUGGGCCACACCGUUCAGUGUUAAUGACAGUCAGGCAAGUCUAGUAGUAAUGGAAUAAAACUGUUCUACUUGGGCCAUGAUGCAAUGAUAAAAACUUCUGAGCUGUGUUGUUUUUUUGCUUUUUCCCCGUAUUUUUGUAAGAUUUUUUUCUACAAAUCAAAUUAUGCAUUAGAUUUAACCUUAAAAAUGUUUGGCAGUAAAGAUUAGAGCUCCUAUCUGGGGUUCGAAAAGCACAUUUUGGCCAAUGUGACCUGAGUCUCAUUUGUUGAUCAAAUACAUUUACCAUUGUCUCUCUUCCGGGGUUCACCGUUGUAUUGUUUCUGAUGAGAUGCACCCAUUUAAGUAAUGAUGCCAUCACAAAUUCUCUUUACAAAAUAAGAGACAUGAGAUUUUUCAAAAAAAGAAACAUUAAAAAAGGAAAAACAUUCCACAAAAGAAAAUCGACAAAAAAAGUCUUCCAAGGAUGUGUAGCUGUAUUAAGUUUACUUUAUUUUUUAUGUUUGAAAACUCCAUUUAAAUGUGCCACACUGAUUCCCCCCUAUUGUUUUUAUUUUUUGGCUGUUAAUAAGCUUCUUUUUUUCUAUAUGGUGAUUUUCAUGCAGGUGCUGUUGUAAGGUGAAACACCAACAUUUAUUUUUUUGUUUUUAAAGUUCAGAGUAUGUGGUGUAUGAGGUGAGACGAUGGAAAGAGUUAGUUUAUUUCUUCUGGAGCGUUCAUGCCCAGUGAAGGCAAGUUUUUCUUUUCUUUUUGUAAGAGUUGGCAAUAAUCUUUUUGUUGUCGUUCGUUCAGAUUAAGUUAAAGCUCAUUCAGAAACUGACAGGUAAUGGACUGGUGAUGAGGUGGUCUCACAACACUGUAGUCAUUUCACCAAAGCGGGUUCAAGUCACGACAUUGAACGUGUGAUCCAUCACCUAGCAGUGAGAAGUGGGGGACUUCUGAUUGUCCACAUCCUGUUACCAGCAUUGCAGCGACGGUACUCUGGAAAUAUUAGUUCUAAAUAUACCUUUCUACAGAUGCAAUGUUAUGGGGUUUUAUGUCUUAUAAUAAGACUUACUUGAAUUUGUGUAUGCAGCUGUUUCUUCUCCAUUUGGGAAACUACUUCGUGAUCAGUAAUCUCAAAGCAUUAAGCUAAUGAUCAAGGCAAUCUUGGGGGUUUUGAAAAUACCUGUACACUUCAGUAUUCUGCCCUUUUCUCCCUUUUGAGCAUCAGACAAGGUAGUCCCUACUUUUUCAAUAGGGUUGGAUACUCAGAAACGCACAGACUUUGGCCAUACUCUAUAAUAUCCUCAAUGGUAAAUUUGAGUUUUCUUGCCCAUGACCAUUUCUAAUUUUUAGUCAAAUGGCAGCAGCUUUUUUUGGACUGCCUUUACAGGUGUUGAUGGGACAAAAUGAUAUCCUCAAGCCUCGCAACUUUUAUAUUGUAUGCCAUUUUGAAGAAUGUGGGGUUAGUGUUCAAAUUCAUUUAUUCAUUCAAAUGGACCGUUCAUCACCAACCUCCCCACAAUUUGAAUGUAGCCCAAAGGCAAAAGCAUUUACAAUCCAGCAACACUGAUCAAAUGUUUUAUAAACCGUCUGUUUCAUUGACAUGGUGUGGGGUUGUUCCGUCUAAAUUGAUAAAUCUUUUUUUCUUUGAGAGUUGACACCUGACUUCAACACCGUCUGAAUCAACCUCAGACCUGCUGUGUUCAUUGGGAAGAAAUCUGAAAACAUUUUCAAUACAAAAAUUAUUUUGAUUUAAAAUAAGCACUUUACUGUACCAUGUAAAUGAUUGCAGUUCACUCGAAGCAACAUUUAUGACCGUUGCUACAGAUUUUUGUAUUGUUUUUCUAAAAAAAAAAAAAAGCAAUAAAAUGUUUUGAACUAC